CGCCGCGCUGCUCCUCGCCGCCGCCGCCGCCGCCGUGCCCCGGCGGCCCUGCGGCCCCGCGGGGCUCUCGCAGGACACGGUGUUGGGACGCCCGGGAGCCAACGUCACGCUGACGUGCGGGGCCGAGGGGCCGCUGAACGGCACCGUGGCCUGGAGGAUGGAGAAGCGGGCGCCGGCGGGGGGCCGUUGGCUGGCGGGGGGCCACGCGCUGCUCCUGCAGCGGCUGCAGUACGAGGACGCGGGGCUCUACAGCUGCCACGCCGGGGGCCGCACGUUGCGCACCCUGCGGCUGCUGGUGGAAGAGCCCCCUGAGACCCCCCACGUCUCCUGCUACCGGCGCAGCCACGACGAAGACGUCCUGUGCGAGUGGCGGCUGCGGGCAAAGCCGUCCCCGGGGACGCGGGCGAUGCUGUGGGUGAAGCGGAGGUUCACAGUGGAGAACGCCACGGAGCAGCGGUGCCGCUUCUUCUCCAAGGUGCAGAAAUUCGUCUGCCGGGUGAAGGUGCCCCCCGGCGUGGACGACAACAAACCCCUCGUGGUGUCCACGUGUGUCCGCAAUGCCGCAGGCGGCUCGGCUGGCGAGGACAAAAUCAUCACCCUCAGCAGCAUCCUGAAGCCGGACCCCCCCCUCAACGUGACGGUGGAGGCCCUGGAGAAGGCCCCCCAGCGGCUGCGUGUCACCUGGACCUACCCCUCCUCCUGGGACCCCCGCUUCUACUGGCUCCGCUUCCAGGUCCGCUACCGCCCCGAGCCCGCCCCGACCUUCACCGAGGUUGACCAGGUGACGAGGACGUGGCUGGACAUCCGUGACGCCUGGCGGGGCACGCGGCACGUGGUGCAGGUGCGGGCGCAGGAGGAGUUCGGCCACGGCGCGUGGAGCGAGUGGAGCCACGAGGCGGUGGGCACCCCGUGGACAGACCCCAGGGACGUCACCGAGCUGGGACCCUACAGCUCGCAGCUCCCCACGGAGGAUGGUGCCUACGGCUACGGGGCCACGCUGCCGCCUGAGCUCUUUGGGGACGAUGCUGCUGACGGCGCUGGAGGAGCUGUCCUGGAAGCCAGCGCCCGCUCCGUCGCCUACCCCUACCCCUUCCUGGUGGCUGGGGGGAGCCUGCUCCUGGGCAUCGCCCUCUUCAUCGCCAUCAUGGUGAGGUACAAGCAGACGUGGCCGCUGGGCGUGCGGCGGGGGGGCCAAGCCAGCGGGCGAGGGGCAGCAUGCGCUGGUGCCCCUGGGCCCCCCCAGCCCCAGCUCCCCACUCAGCGCCACCCCCCUGCUCCCGCCGGCCACCCCCCCUGCGCCGGGGCCCCUUCACGUCACCAACUUGGACUAUUUCUUCUCGGGCAAGUAGCCGGGGGGGAGGACGCUGGCAGACACCCAUGGGUGAAGCCGGGGGAGAAGGGGGGGGCUGGUGCUGGCAGCUCUCCCACCCCUCCGGUGCCCUCCCCAGGCUCUGGGGCUCGAGCAGCCCCUGCAGAGCGGGAUCGGUGCCACCCCCAUGGGGAACCAACCCGGGGGGGGGCAAGCUGGGUCCCGGGGGGCGCAGCUCUGGGGCCACGGCCAAGCUGGGGUGGCCGGGGGUUAAGGCGCUGGAAGUGCCGGAGCGUGAGAACGGGGCCGCGCUCACCCACGGGGCUGGGUUUGGGGUGGUGGCGCCGAGGGUCCCCUGGGGAAGGGCUGAGCCCCCCCCGCGCCCGGUGCCGCGGGAAUGGGAGGGCCUGGCUGGAUCAGCCCCAUCCCUCCGCCGCCCUGGCCCUGUGCAAAGUUUAUUUUUUUGUUUUUAAAGCACGUGUCGGGGCCACGCGGCACAACGCGCCUCCGAAAUAAACGCCUGGUGUUUUGAACAGA